AUGUUCUCCAGCUUCACAGUCACACUUGCUGGAAAAGUGAUGCCCUCUCCGAGUCCCAGGCCCAAUCCCUUGAGGACAGCAAAGUCCUUCACCCGCGCCGAGAACGAUGAUCCUCUCUCAGUUGCUCGCCCUAAGAGGGCCAGCACCAUUCAGAACGGCGUUCUUCCGAAGAUAACAACCACCGGCAUAUCCUCCCAGAUCGUCGAGGAACCCGAGAGCGCUACCACUGAUGCCUUCGAGAACUCCCGAAAUGACGACGAGCCUCCUGAGCAACCGCGGACCUCGGUCGACCUCGACGACCUGCCCAUCGAGUUGAUCAGCCUUACCGACAACUUCAUAGAGUCCCUGUCUGCCAAAUCACGGCCCACACCCCCAACCAUCGACGAUAUCUCCCAGCUGUUCCAAGAUUUCUACCAACAAGCCGCCCGGCAUAUAGACACACAUAUCUCUGCGCUUCUCACGAGACACACCCGCGGCUCUUCUCCUGCCCCCUCUACCUCCUCUAGGGCUUCCACCACGAGUUUGUUACGGGCCAAAGCAGCAGCCAUCGGGAGCAAGGACAGAAAGGCUGGGAACUCGAAGCCAGAGCAGCCCGAGCAACAGUUGAUCACGGCAGAGGAGCUCGCACAGCGGAAGAAGGCAAGGAAAGCCCUCGAGCAGCAGCGAGGGACCUUAGAAGAAGCUGUUGAGAGGCGGCUGUGCGAGGGAAUCUACGCCAAGAUAUAUCGGCACCGUACCACACAGGAUGAGGCUGCAGACGACGUACUCCGUUCCAAGACGGCAGCAUUGGCUGUUGUUGGAAUCGGUCUUACCGACCUGGGCGUCCAGCUGACGGAGCCCAGCGAGCCUCCAGAGGCUCAGGCCAAAAAGGCAGAGGAGGUGCGGAAGUGGCUCGACGGAGCUAGGAAAGAACUCAUAGCCAUGAACGACAGCCGCUACCCCCUGGGCAAACUCAACCACCUGAAGCUCGCGCACAAGAGCAUUGUGGAUACCUUGUCGAAUUUCCACCCGUCAUCUUCGGCUGAUGAGAUAAUGCCCAUGCUCAUUUACACUUUGAUUACCCUCCCCCCGGAGAACAUGAACGUCACAAGCGACCUGAGGUUUAUCGAACGAUUCCGGUGGGAACCUAAGCUUGUUGGGGAGGCAGCAUACUGCUUGACAAACCUGGAGGCAGCAAUCGGCUUCCUCGAAACUGUCGAUCUGUCCACCUUGCGAUCAGAUGAGGCUCCUUCAGGGCCUGUGAGACCGUCCAGCCGGCCAGGUACGCCCCGUGCUGAUACCUUCCCACCCGCUUACUCGCCGGGACUGUCCGCUGCUAGCACCGCAGCAGAGCAAGCCGACGAGAGCGCUGCCAAACCCACGCCAUCGCAAGCAUCGAAACUCAGAGACCAGCAGCGUAACCGCCGGUUUAGUGACCUGGUCAAUACGCCAGCUCAGGCUCUUGGUGCCGCCGGGGACGCGAUGCGCAACACUGCGGAUGCCGGGCUGAAGACCAUCGGCAACAGCUUAGGAGACAGCUACAAGUUCUUCAUCGGCAGACUGAGAGAACCCGCCGGCGCAGGUGAAGAAGUCGCCGCUCCCAAGACGCUUGAAGACGCGAGGAAGUUGAUCGGCACUCCCCCGCCCGAGGACGACACGUCAACCACCAGCUCCUUGAUGAAUCCCGACGACACGGAGAACAAGCGGCCGCAUGCGAGAGAUGACAGGAUGUUGAACCUUAUCAGCGGGCGCAAACCAUCAUCCGUGCGGGACCACAGCGCCGACAGCUCCAGGAGUGCAGGCAGCUCGACGAAGAGGUUAUCCGCAGUCUUUGGAGACGACAAGGAGAAGCAGACGCCAACCAGCGCAACCCCCACAGCGGCAAGCGCCAACCCGGCCAUCAUGGACUCGAUGCGCAACUUCGGCAACUCACUGAACCCCAUGGCCAAGCUGGCAGGCGGCAUCGGGUCCUUCCGGGCUUUUGCGAGGACCCCGUCGCAGCCCGUCACACCGCAGGUGCCACCUAAGGCGGGCGGUGCUGAAGGGGGUGACUUGGCUACGGCUUUCCCCGACUUGGCAGCUACCCUGCCUCCCAAGGAGACCCCAAAGAUCAGCCCGCCGAAUAAGCGGUUCAUGGAGAUGCAGAACCCCGCGGACCUGCGGAUCGGUGAAGUACUCGAACUGCUCCGAGACUACAGGAGGCUGGCGGGCGCGUUGAAUGACAUGGAGGCUUUCAAGGAGUGA